AUAGCUCAAGGUUGAAAUAUUGUUGUUGAAAUUGUAUUACUCACAGAUGCUAAGGUAUUGUGCGUUGAUAUGUUUAAAAAUUGUUUCCUGAAAACAUGUUUGAAUUAAGGUUAAUGUCGAUGUAUCUGUGAUAUUCCUACAUUCUCAGUAGGAUUUUAAGAAAAGAAUGCCUUACUGUACACCCACUUGCCGAAAAUGGAGCGUAUUUGGAUUCGCUACGUUCUUCCUAGUCCUCGGCGUUGUGAUUAUCGUUUCUUGGAACGGUUUAGUCCAGUCAAUUAAAGAUCAGGAACUAAAUCUCGGUAGCGAUGAUACAACGGAAUACAAAAUGUGGAAAGAAACACCGAUUCCGAUGUACAUUGAGUUUUAUUUGUACAAUUGGACUAAUUCGAAACAAGUUAUCGAUGCUAAAUGGUUGGUGAAACCGUCGUUUGAAGAACACGGUCCUUACACUUACAGCGAAAAACAUAUUCGUAAAAAUGUGAUAUUUAAUAACAAUCACACGGUGACUUACAUGACUCAGAGAAGUUGGCAUUAUGUUCCAGAGAAAUCUAAAGGGUCUUUAGAUGACGUAAUUACGACACUGAAUCCGAUUUUAGUUACGGUCGGGUCUUUAGUCAAGUAUAAACAUCCUAUAGUAAGAAUGGGUGUAAAUUUUUUUAUCAAAGAAAAAGGCGUUAAUAUCACUGUGACUAAAACAGCGAGGGAAUUUAUUUUUGACGGAUACGACGAUCCCUUGUUGGAUUUGUUAAAAAAAUUGCAUUUAAGGCAUAUAAAUGUACCCUUUGACAGAUUUGGAUGGUUUUAUUCGAGGAAUAAUUCUGUCGAUUACGAUGGCAUUUACAACAUGUAUGACGGCACUGAUGACAUCCAAAAGCUCGGAAAGUUCGCUUGGUGGAAUUAUAACCAUGAAACUGAGUAUUUUCCAAAUUAUUGCGGAGAAGUCAAUGGAACAAGCGGGGAAUUAUGGUAUCCAAUCCAAAACGACCAAUACGCCCAAAUUUUUUCACCAGAUACGUGCAGUACUUUAACGUUAGUCAGGCAAGGAACAGAGGAAUUGCACGGCGUCGUAGGCCACAAAUUCGUUGGCGAUGAAAAAUUAUUUGAUAACGGAACACGUUACCCGGACAUGAAAUGUUUCAGUCCUGGGGAUGUUUUACCAAGCGGUGUUAGAAACGUGUCGCACUGCAAGUUUGGAGCUCCUGCUUUUAUUUCCUAUCCACAUUUUUACUUAGCUGAUCCGUACUAUAGAGAAGCUAUCACGGGAAUGACUCCCAACAAAACCGAGCACGAAUUAUUCAUUUCGAUUGAACCUGAAACCGGAAUUCCAUUACAUGCUAGAGUAGCAGCGCAGAUUAAUCUUCAUCUUGAAAAAAUCGACAGAAUAACAUUAUUGGAACAGGUUAGGAAAGAAUAUUUGAUUCCAGCUUUGUGGUUCAAACAGUAUGCCGUUUUGAGCGAAGAUUUGGCAAAUCAAGCCAAGAUGCUUCUUAUUCUUCCUUCUAUUGGCCAGUAUACAGGAUUUGGGAUUAUUGGAUUGGGAUGUCUUCUUUUCAUCAUUUUUGGUUUUAUUACGUGGAAUAACUAUAGGAAAGGUAGACAAGAGGAAACACUGUUGAAUAAUGAAGAAUAUUAAUACUCUGCUUUCUUCUUAAUAGCCAGUCAUAAAAUUGGAAAUUAUUAAGCAAUACUUGUAAAUAUUUAACAUUGCUGUGAUAUGUACUUGACCAUUUUAUAUAUUUUAAGACUAGUGUGGGCAUUGUUUACACAAUCUGUAAAAUGAUGUAUAUAUUAGUACCUAAUCUGAAUGAAUAUAUUAUUUUUAGCCACCAAAAAUGUUGACCAUGGAAACAGUAGUUUAAAAAUUCUCUUUUAUUUUUUUUGUCAUACAAAACUAUUAAUCCAAAUUAAACCGACGUGAGUAGCGUGAGCUUCUCAUUAAGUUGCA